AUGAGUUAUCAGAAUCCCAAUUCAUAUUGUUCUUUAUACUUCUAUUUAGAGGAUUGGAAAAAGACAUUAUUUGCAAGAACUGCUAUUGAUUUAGACUUGAACAAUGAAGCGAUUAUCCUUCUGCCACUUCCAGAAACUGAAAGCAAAACACAUAUCUAUAAGAACUGUUGUUAUGACUAUUUCAAGAAAAUCAUUCUCAAGAAAGAUUCCAAACUAUUGGUAAAUGAUGCCAGUUAUCUGCACCUAUAUCUCAUUACUCAUGAUGAGAUGAAUGCUUUUGAUGUAAAAUGGUGUAUAAUUAACAGCAAACCACCUAGAAUAAAUCACAAUUUUGAUACUGAAAAACUUAUUAUGGUAUCAUCACCAAAGGAUUUGAACACAAAAAAAUUUUGCAAACCAGUUAAUAAUAUUACAAUCAAAGUAUACAUGCAAAUUUGGUCAGAAGCUGAAUUAGAAGAACAAUUUUCAAAGGACAAUCUUCAUGAAUCUUACCAAUUAUGUGACGGUAUUCAAAGAAUGAUUUUCAAAUGCAAAUUAUCUGAGAUUAAUAAGAUGAUUACGGCUUCUGUUAAUAAUAUUGGCACUGACAUAUUCAGAUACAUUGGCAAACUUAGUGAUGAUGAUAAUUAUAGUCAUAAUUUAGUACAUAUUUAUACUAAUGAGAAGCUGAUAAAUGAAAUUAUCAAUAGACAUAUCUUUGUCAAUUCACCCUAUACUUUUUGUGAAUUAAAGUUUACUUCAGCAAUUGUUAGUGAUAAAGUUUUUGCAAGACUAAAAGAAUUCUACAAAGAAGAAAUAUACAAGUUUGUCUUUUUAUCAGCUUCUGUGUCAUUAUUAGCAUAUUUUGAAAUAGGAAAAAAUCGCAAAUUAAAUGAAUUUGAGCGUGAAAAAGUCAUUGUACUUUGGAUAGGAGGAAGGACUCAUGAAGCCAUUAGUUGUGUCUUAAAAAUUCCAAAAAGUACUAUUACAGACAUAAUUUCUUGA